AUGUCGUUCCAGCAGUUGCCUACUGCUGCGGACUUUGCUUCAUGGCCGCCUCCCAACUUCAUCGAUCCAGAGACCAGGCGUCCACUAGUCUUGGGCAUAGAAAUACCACUGUUAUGCUUGAUCGUGAUAUUCACUAUGAUGCGGUUUUACAGUCGAGCAGUACUCAUUCGCGCACUUGGAGCGGACGAUUGGUGCAUGCUUGUGGCUACAGUGAUUUCUGUAGCUACAAGUAUAAUGACUUGCAUCUCCACGCAAGCAGAAUACCAAACCGGAUAUCACAUAUGGGAUCUGCGCCCUGAAAUCGCUGCCAAUCCAGUCAAACCUGCCCAGAUCGCAAUGGCGACACAAUUGCUGUUUAUCCCAAUAACUGCUUUGACCAAGGUUUCGAUUCUGUUAACUUAUUUACGAAUUUUCCCGUCAACCACAAACAAGUACUUUUGCUAUUGCAUGUUCGCGUUCACCGCGAUAUGGUCGCUUAUCUCUUUCUUUCUUGCUUUGUUUCAGUGCAAACCCAUUGAGGCAUACUGGUUACUUGCUAAAUAUCCAAACCGCGAGUGCAUUGACAUAGCUCCCCUCUUUUAUACCACUGGAGGCCUCAACAUUCUCAGUGAUUUUCUGAUCUUCCUCUGGCCUGCAAAAGAUCUCGCAAAAAUUCGGAUCUCCCUCAAGCAAAGAGUGACACUGAUAAUCAUGUUCACUCUUGGUGUCAUCAUAUGCGUCGCGGGCGUCUGUCGCCUCUGGUACACGUCAAUUUACAUACACUCCUACGACUCAUCCUGGCACGGAUCCACCCUCUACGUUAUCGUCGCGAUCGAAACCAGCAUCGGCAUCAUCUGCGGUUGCAUCCCCGCCUGCAAACCUCUCAUGUCCAAGAUCGCCCCGCGCAUCUUCAACUCGACACACAGCUCGACGCAUCGCUCCACACACAAAAAGGGUUCGAAAUUUGCGGGGCAAUCGUUCCCCUUCCAGUCCCUCAACGGCGGCAUAGUAGUGAAGGAGGGAUAUAGUGUGGAAUAUGACGAUGCGAGGAGUCAGUAUCAGGGUCGGCAUACUACUACUCAAGUCACAACAAUGGCCAAAGAUGCGGAUGCGAUCAGUGCGGACAGUCAGGAAUGGAUCAUGUUGCAGGACAAUCCGCAAGAUGCUUUAGCUAAGGUGCAAUCGAAGGGAAAUACUUGA